AUGUAUACCUCCUUUUGCCUGGCUAUAACCUCCGAGAAGGUUAUACGAUCCAUCAUCCAGAGUCGGCCUCUCCCCGGUUUUCGUUCACGCCCCCAUACCCUUCUCUCGUCUCUAUCUACACAUCACCAGCAAUCCCAUUCCCGCCGCCUCUCCUCCCACACUGUUUCAGUCUCGCAACUACGUGCUGAUCAUGAUUUCACCCACGCCGUGAUAGGCGGGGGCGUUGUUGGCCUUGCCAUAGCUCAGGAACUUGCCCGGCGUAGCAGCCGGCCAGGUUCAACUCUGCUUCUAGAGCAGCACACAGCCGUCGGCACCGAGACUUCCUCGCGCAAUUCCGAGGUCAUCCACGCGGGAAUCUAUUACGGGGCCACCUCGCUCAAAACAGAACUCUGUAUCAGUGGCAAGCAGUUGCUUUAUUCGCUGUGCGAGAAAGAAGGGAUUCCACACCGUCGUACGGGUAAGUGGAUCGUCGCGCAGACUGACGCUCAGCGCGAGGCGCUGCAGCGGGUAUAUGACUUCUGCACUCAAGAAAUCCAUGUGCCCAUGCGAUGGGUUGGCGCCGAGGAGGCAGCAAGGCGUGAGCCGGCUGUGAGAGCCGAGAAAGGGGUGCUGGAGAGUCCAACGACAGGAAUCAUCGACAGCCAUUCGCUGAUGAUGUGCCUGCUGGGAAAGUUUGAAGACGCCGGCGGGACACUGGCACUUGGGAGCCGUGUAGAGGCCAUUACGCCCCUGGGAGGAGACGGAAGUCAGGGUUGGAAGUUGACCGUGCGGGACACUACUGGCAGCGGAGAGCUCUCGACGAUCACGGCUGAUACGCUUAUCAAUGCCGCUGGAUUAGGGGCUGUGGCAGUUCAUAACAUGAUUGUGCCGCCGGACAGGAGGAGAAAAAUGUUUUACGCCAAAGGCAACUACUUUUCCUACGGAGGGUCAAGCCCGAAGGUCAGCACACUAAUCUACCCUGCUCCGGAGCCUGGACAUGCCGGACUCGGGACACAUCUGACUCUCGACAUCGGUGGGCGCAUAAAAUUUGGCCCAGAUGUUGAGUGGGUUGAUUCACCCGAGGAUUUGUCCGUCAAUGAGUCCCGGUUGAGUGAGACUAUUCGAGAGGUUAAGAAAUAUCUGCCCGCCCUGGACGAGACAUUGUUGAGACCUGACUACGCAGGGAUACGGCCGAAGUUGGGGAGGCAAGGAGCAGUUGUCUCUGGUAAAGGUUUUAUUGAUUUUGUGAUUCAGCGAGAGGAAGGAUAUCAUGGAUGGAUCAACCUGCUUGGAAUCGAAAGCCCUGGACUCACUAGUUCCCUGGCAAUUGCGGAAAAGGUCAGGAAACUCUUGUAUCAAUGA